UUUAUAGGCUAGAAAUAAGACACAUGAUUUUGAUCGAAUUUCGGUUUUAGGAACGUGAUGCUUCCAAAACGGAUUAAAUUUGUGGGACGGCUGUGUUUGUUUCUGUAAACUGACGUUUCGUUUUAGCUUUAUUCUUCAUCAAGGAGAAAGGAUCAAGCACCGGGGCAUGACUUUGCAGACACCUUGUAAGAUAAAUCAAAGAUUAGUGUAUGUGUCGUAUUUUGAGUAUAAACGGGCGAUUUGGCCGCCAGCUGUUGGAAAAGGGUACGACGGAAGUGAAAUAAUCAACCGAUGCCUGCAAAUCUCAACUGAACGUCGGCAAAAACAACUGAACAAUCUUGCGCUUUUGAAGGGUGGGUGGUAGUCCUUUCGAAAUUAAAAUACUGAAGGCAGAGAAUUUCAGCUUCAUUUACAGAGUGAGGAUGAAAUAAUACAACAGCUUUUAAUGGGUAUGGCUAUUGCAAGUCGGAAAUCCUGUAUGGGUGGUUUACAGAGAACCGCUUUGCAUACCUAGCGACAUAAAAACCUGUUCCCGAGAUCCCUCGUGUCCUGCCAUUUAAUUAGAUCCCCGGGGUGAGAACCAAAUUGGCACUAUCUCUUCCUGCAACUACACCCGGCUGUUUUCGCUGCUCGAAUCCCGGCCCGGCGUUCGCUCGGCUUCUCUUCUGCAUCGGCGGAGCACGAAGAAAAUCGAGCCCGCCGUCCAGCCGAGGCUCCCAGGCAACACUUUCAGCAAAAUUCGGACCGAUGAGAAUCUAACAGUUUCAGCCAACGAUAGACGCUGAGUGUAAUGUUUGGUCUGGAGCGUGUGUUGCAGAGGGAAUGAGACUGCGUGGCAGGGAUCUGGAGGAUUCUGCUGUCUCCUGGAUACCGAGCGUCCUGGGCGUUCAGAGUGUCAGGCUCCGCCUUCGUCUCGAUCGCCGUGACGACGGGAGAAGGGGCCUCUGGCAGCUGGUUGAGCUAAACGGGGAGGCUGCACCAAGUGGGCGGAGGUUAUGGGAUAGGACGCCGCCCACUUGUUCCCAGAGUCUGAUGAGUAUUCCUGUGGCAGCAUCUGGGCAGGCAGGAGGCGCAGAGAUGCAGUCACCUGGGGCCAUAAGCCCCUCCUUCCUCCCGCCCCCCGCUGGAAAGGUUCCGGGUCGGAAGAGAGGACGUCCACCACUCAAAAGGCAUCCUGAAUAUCAAAAUCGCUACCCGGAAUCCCUCCCUCCAAUCAAAGUGCCCAAGAAAAGAGGGAGGAAGCCUGGAUUCAAGCUAAAGUCCAGGAUGGCGAUGACUCCUCUGGCCAUCUCUCCUCCCAGUAGCACCCCAGAGCCAGACAUGAGCUCCAUCCCCCAGGAUGCUGCCACUGUGCCUCACUCUGCCACACCGGACAUCCUAACAGUGUGUAUCUAUGUAAACAAGCAGGUAAAUACGGGCCCUAACUUAGACAGGCAGAAGGUUCUGCAGCUGCCAGAUCACCUGGGCCCAGCCCGGCCCUCUGUGGUCCUCCAGCAGGCCGUGCAGGGCUGCAUCGACAGCGCCUACCAGCAGAAGGCCGUUUUCACUCUGCUCACGCAGGGCUACGGAGGAGAGAAGAUCUCAGCCACGUUCGAUGGCAAGCAGCACCUCCUCAGCCUGCCCGUGGUGAACAGCGUGGGCUACGUCCUGCGCUUUCUGAAGAAGCUCUGCCGGAGCCUGCUGUGUGAGAACCUGUUCAGUGACCAGCCCAUGGCUCCACCCUCCUCUUCGCCCUCUUCUUCCGCGUCCUCCUUCCACGCAGACAAGCACGCCGACGGCCAGGCCAAGUCGACAGCUUCUAUGGUGGAUGAUUACCACCCUGAGCCAAUGGAGACCAAGCGCUACUCCAUGGACCCUAGCGACACUGCGUUUGGCGCUAUGACAUCGCCAUACACCGCACCCAAGUCAGCAUAUGGGUUCCGCUCCUACUCCGGGGGUGUGUGCAGACAGGUGGCCAGCCCCAGCACGUUCCAGGAAGGAAACAGAAGUGCCUACAGCCCUCCUCCAGAGGCAGGUUUUGGUGUACAGUAACAGCUUUUCCACUUCUGAACUAAGCAUAACUGAGCAUAAUUGAGUUAAUGAUCUUCACUAUUGCAUUGAGCAUUUGGAUACAACAUGGUGCUGCAAUGUGUGGCACUACAGUGUUUUCAUUUCUUCAUUGUUCUGAAGAUUAACUUUCCAGGUAAGCCAAGACAAUCAGGGCUGCUGUUCAGGGCCUCUGUACACAUCUGUACAGCCCCCUCCUGUAUGCCAUUCUAUACUGGGUAUUAUUUAAAUUGUUUUAUUUUUGCCUUUUGUUGUUUUAUUGUUUCGAAGUGGUUGUUUCCAGGCUUUGACUACUGUGACAGUACAAAGGGCAUUUGGGUGAGAGUGCAAGGCAGGAUGUAUUGUGCAGUUUAUAGUGCUUUUAGUGUAACCUUUGGUCUAUUGUGCUUGCUGCACACAGAAAAGAGCAAUUCACUGGAGACAGAAAUAACACAAACCUGAUACAAAAAAAAAUAAAUACUGGUGAUAUGCGCAGAGAAUGAUGCAACUGUUUUUUUUUGUUUGUUUGUUUAUCUAUCCAUUUAUUUUAUUAUUUACUACCAAAAGGCACUUGCACACCUGCGACAAAAAGGUGCGACUUUUUCUGAACGUUUGGGUUUAGUUAUGUAAGCAACCUGCCAUCUUCUGGACAAACCGAGAAUUGCGGUAUUAGUGAAUUGCACGCCAGCAUUAUUGAUUGGAUUGUUGGAAUUUUGAGUUUGGUUUGGGGGAAUAUUGUUAUUCCAGGAUGCUACUUAAAAUUGACUGACACUGAUUAAAAUUUUUUUUGAACAAACAAGUUUGAAAAUGAUAGUAAGAAGAAGACUUGUAACAAUAAGCCUAGUAGCGAGUAUGUUUUUUUAAAUUUCGCCUUUAAGCGUCAAAG